AUGGCUUCGCGCAACCCAUCCACGGAGGCAGUCUCAAAUGAGGCUGACAAGUACCCGCGUCUCUGCCCCGGAGGCGGCCUCUUGAUAGCAUGGCAGCUCAAGGGCAAAAAGGUUCUCAUUGUCGGCGGUGGCCCUGUUGCAGCCGGCCGACUCGUUAAUGUCCUUGACGCAGAUGCGAUCCUCGACGUCAUGUGUCCCUCCACAGGCCUUUGCGACGAGAUGCGCUAUCGAAUCUACACCGAGAAAGUGGUCGCCAAGUACGUCGAUGGCAUGUAUGACGAAGCACAUCCUGAAAUCCUCGAUCAAUACGACAUGGUGCUCACGGCAAUCGACGACAUUGAGCUCUCCAAGAAAAUCUGCUACGAAUGCCGCUCACGGCGCAUCCCCGUCAAUGUAGCCGACGUGCCGCCCGAGUGCGACUUCUACUUCGGCUCGCUCAUCCGCAAUGGUCCGCUCCAAGUCAUGGUCUCUACCGGCGGUCAGGGACCCAAGAUCGCCUCGCAGACGCGUCAAAAGAUCCAAGCCGCCAUCCCCAAAAACGUCGGCCAGGCCAUCACAAACGUGGGCCGGCUGCGCGCUAUGCUGAGGAAGCGAGCUCCCAGCGCAGAGAUCGGCGCACGUCGCAUGCGCUGGAUGAUCGAAGUCUGCGAGAAAUGGAACCUCGACGAGAUCUGCACCAUGACGGAACCGGAUAUGAAAAAGAUUCUAGACGGCUGGGAGUCCGGUUACGUGCCGAGUUACAAGGAGGUCAAAGGCGGCUUGCCAUUCUUACCUUCCGACGUACGCAUGAAGAAGGCUCUCUUCGGAACAUGUCCUGUCGUAGGCUACCCAAGUCCCUAUCUAACCGGUUUGGCCGGCCUGGUCCUCGGCGCGGCAGUCACGUCUGCGGUGUUCUUGUCAAAGGGGCUCCAACGAUCCACAUAG